CACACACACACACACAUAUAGAGCACUAUUGUCCUUUGCACAAAGAGUCCUGUAACACACACACAGAUUUACAGAAGAGCCCAACACUGCCGGUCAUACCAAAGAAUCUGUAAGUAUUUCUGAUCAUAAUGUUUGUUUCUCUUGAAGAUAAUGUGAUAAACAACAGUAAAUGUAGAUCGAGCCUCACUGAAUAUUUGUGUUGCUCUUCAUCAUCAAACUGUGAAAUUCUUUCUUCAGCUUUUAUACAUGAUCAGAGUUUGACAUAAACCAUAUCGAGUCAAAUACAGAAGUGCAUAUAAUGGACAACACAAUGUAGAUUUCUAUUUCAUGUUGUUUUUAGGGAUGAAACACUGUAUACUGUAUACAGCAGAUUCUUUAAAGUGUGUGUUAUUUUUUAUGAUUUAUGAGCUUGUGCGAUGUUAAAGGUGAUAGAAACAGUUCAAAUGAUGGAGAUACAAACCAAACCAAAUCAAUAAAAACGAAAUGAAAUCAAUUUGCUGUUACAUGAUUGUAAGGAGUGUGAUUUUCUGUGAAGGAUUUUGUUUGAGCUUGAGUCUCAGAGAAAUGAAAACACAGUUUUACACCAAAAGCGUGAUGUGUCAUGUUGUGUGUGGUCUGCAUGAGAAGCAACUUCUGACUUUCUGUUUGUGAGAUUCUUCAUCAGAGGUCUAACCAUCCACGAGGUUGUGUUGAAUUUGAGUGUUGUUCUGUUAGUUGUGUGAUUUUCUCUUUACAUGCCCCGUGGGAACAACCGCUGAAGAUCCAGCAUGGAGGUUUAUAUCGUGGGCAUCUGUAUCGCAGUAUGUGGCAACUUUCUAAUCAGCAUCUCCUUAAACAUCCAGAAAUACACACACGUGCGUCAGUCACAGAGAGGAACGCGGCCGUAUUACACCAGUCGAUUGUGGUGGUGUGGGAUCUUGUUGAUGGGUGUGGGUGAACUGGGGAACUUUGCUGCUUAUGGAUUUGCACCGGCGUCUCUCAUCGCACCCCUCGGCUGUGUGUCUGUCAUCGCGAGUGCUGUCAUUUCUGUGGUGUUUCUCAAGGAAACGUUACGUGCUUCAGAUAUUCUGGGAGGAGCUUUAGCGCUCACAGGCACCUACUUUCUGGUCACAUUUGCUCCUCAUUCUUCUCCUCAUGUAACAGCCAACAUGGUGGAGCGAUCGCUGGUCAGCUGGCAGUUCCUUAUUUACUUUAUGUUUGAGGCGAUUCUCUUUGCUGUCCUGAUGUAUUUGUAUAAAUGCAGGAACAUUAAACACAUCAUAAUCAUGAUGCUCAUGGUGGCGCUGCUUGCUUCAUUGACGGUGAUCUCUGUGAAAGCAGUUUCAGGAAUGAUCACAGAGACAGUUCAUGGAAGUCAUCUGCAGUUGACCUAUCCCAUCUUCUACAUUAUGUUCAUCAUUAUGGUCAUAUCGUGUGCAUUUCAGAUCAAGUUUCUGAAUCAGGCCAUGAAGAUGUUUGACGCCACUGAGAUUGUGCCCAUCAAUUACGUGUUCUUCACUGCCAGCGCUGUUGUUGCAGGGAUUUUAUUUUAUGAAGAAUUCUAUGGAUUAUCUUUGAUUUACAUAAUCAUGUUUAUAGUCGGGUGUAUGCUGGCAUUUACUGGAGUGUUUCUAAUCGCCAGAGCUCGACCGAGCAUCAAGAUGGACCGCGUGUUCAUUUCAAUGGGCCAAAUUCCAGGCAAAAGUUGUACAGAUAAAGUGCAGCCGCAGUCAGACGACAGUAAAUAUGGGACAUUGACGUCUAAAUUCACCUGCAACAGCGGAAUUCAGCAGGAUGAAGCGUAGUCACAGCGCCACCUGCAGCCAGAGGAGGAACUGCACUAAUAUAUCAGUGUUUGUGUGCCAGACAGCAGGUCUGACUAAUUCUUGUGUGGGAAUUUUGAAAGAGUUUUAUUAGGAAAUGCAUAACUGUCUAAAUGUUUCAAGAGUAUUGUGAUUUUUUUAAGACCUAAUAAAGUCCUGUUACGUAA